CUGGAUGCCAUCUUGCCGGCUCUAGUCCUCCGCGCCAGAACAACAUCCGUCAGCUGCUCUCCUCUGUGUCCAAUGAGAGAGCAGGAUGGGCCAAGCGUGCUAGGAUUGGCUGGAGGAUCGACGCCAUCGACGAUCGUUUCCUGAGAGCGACAAUUCGGUGAGCGAUGUGCCGCCCCCUAGGGCCUCGGAGGAGAGAUCCUUGAGUGACGGCGGCCCGGUGUGUGAAGAGGGGGGCGGGCCCGAUCGAUGUUCUCGGGCUCCGACGCCCUGACCUGACGGGAAGCCGGUGGACUCCGCUCUCCCUUGAGAGUUGAACCUUGGGACAAUGUGGAGCAGUGAUCGCUUAGCGGGUGCGGGGUCUGGUGGGACGGUCGUGACGGUAGCCUUCACGAACGCUCGGGACUGCUUCCUGCAUCUGCCGCGGCGCCUCGUGGCCCAGCUUCACCUGCUGCAGAAUCAAGCUAUAGAAGUCACUGGGGAUCGCCAGCCUACCUACGUGAGCUGGGUGGAAGGCAGGCAUUUUAAUGAUCAAAGUGACAAUGUGGCAGAAAUUAAUAGACAAGUUGGACAGAAACUUGGACUCUCGAGCGGGGAUCAGGUGUUUCUCAGGCCUUGUUCCCAUGUGGUAUCUUGCCAACAGGUUGAAGUGGAGCCCCUCUCAGCAGAUGACUGGGAGAUACUGGAGCUGCACGCCAUUUCCCUUGAACAGCAUCUUCUAGAUCAGAUUCGAAUAGUUUUCCCUAAAGCCGUUGUUCCCAUCUGGGUUGACCAGCAGACUUACAUUUUUAUGCAGAUUGUCGCUCUGUUGCCAGCUGCACCUUACGGAAGGCUAGAAACUAACACCCAACUCCUUAUCCAGCCAAAGACACGCCAAACCAAAGAGAGCACAUUUCCAAAAGAAGGAGACACACAUGGACAAGUUCAUAGUUAUGGCCUAGAACAGAAAGGAAUAUCAAAAGAAUUGCAAACCAAGCAGCUUUAUAGGAACACAGAGGGUGUUCCUGGGUCUAAUGGAAGAGACCCAGAAGUCCCAGGCGACUCGUUCAAGCCACGCUGGUGGGCUAUGCUAGGAAGCAUGUUUUCCUUUGGGCCCGACAACAAAGAGUCAGCCUGGGGCUCAUUGGAACUUGGUGCUUUCAAAAACAUGCAGUCACAGGCUGUCCCUCUAGACAGUAUUUUCAGAGUAUGCCAAGUUCAGCCUCCGAGUGUGCAUAACACCCCUGCUACCUCCGUGUUUCGCAAACACUGCACCGUCCAUGUAUUUCCGUGGGACCAAGAAUAUUUUGGUGUGGAGCCCAGCUUCACUGUGAUCUAUGGAAAACUAGUUAAGCUACAUUCUCCAAAACAACAGCAAGACAAAAGUAAGCAGAGUGUCCUGUUACCUGAAAAAGAGAAGCAACUAUCGGAGUCUUCGGAUCAUAAGCAGAUUGGCUCCGCCCACAGUGAGGAAGCCGCCGAGGCCUGCGUGCUGAAGGUAGUGUGGAACGGACUCGAGGAGCUGAAGAAUUCCUCGGAGUUCACCAAAAGUCUAGAGCCUCUCCACCGCGGCAAAGUCUGGAUACCAGAUGACCUGAGAAAGAGACUAAAUAUAGAAAUGCAUGCAGUAGUCAGAAUAACUCCACUGGAAACCACCCCUAAAAUCCCAAGAUCUCUGAAAUUACAACCUAGAGAGAACUUAGUGAGUUCAAACCUAUGGUGGAUCAAAAUUCUUUUAUGGAUGAUACAGAAUUUCUCAUUGUUUGUUAAUAAUAAUGUGAUUCUUUUUUGUUACAAGUUGCAUGACAUGGCAUUUUAACCAUUCUCAGAGAACAGCUCAGCUGCAUUAGCUGUGUUCAUAGCAUUGUGCGUUGUCCAUUGCUGCCUUUUCCAAACCAUUUCCCUCACUGCAGACAAACACUUAGCCGUUAGACAAUGACGCCCUUCCCUUCC